AUAAAUUUAUUUUAAACAUCUCUUACUAUUCGGUAAAAAAAACACCCAAUUUUUAAGGGAAUCAUCAGCAAGCAAAAAUAGCCGUCGGUCCCCAUUUUGGAUAACACAUAACCAACCCUUUCAACAAUACUUCUCUUUAGUCUUCUCUCCUAGCUUAGCUUAUCCUUUUCCUUCUCUUUCAUAUCUCUCUCCACCACUCCUUCUUCCCAUGAUGCAUCGGAAGUUGCUCGAGAUGGCGGAAGUGGUGGCCGUGGCGGCUCCGACUAUGGAUGACCGGACAACGGGUAUGGAAACACAGUUAACCCAAGCAAACUUUGACACCAAUAUGGUCAUCAUUUUAGCUGCUUUGUUAUGUGCUUUGAUAUGCGCCUUAGGAUUGAACUCAAUGGUACGGUGCAUUUUAAGGUGUGGGCAUAGAUUCGGGCUCGAGACAACGGAAGAAGCAGCCGCACAGAUGUCGGCCACCGGGCUUAAAAAAAGCGCCCUACGAAAAAUUCCCGUCGCUGUAUAUAAUACUGCAGAUCGGAAAGCAGGAUCGAACACGGGUACAAGUCCAAGUGACAUAGAAUGUCCCAUUUGUUUAGGAGAGUUUAUUGAUGGGGAGAAAGUACGGGUGCUCCCUAAUUGUAACCAUAGGUUCCACGUGUCAUGUAUUGAUACGUGGCUGCGGUCCCACUCGUCGUGUCCUAACUGCCGCCACUCGCUGCUCGAGGUGGCUGGCUCGAGUUCAAAGGCAGCAUUUUGCGGUGGCUUGACGCCGCGUGUUGGUGGUGAUAAUGGUAGCCGACAGGAGCACGUGGUGGUUGAGAUGAGUGGUGGGAGUUAGUUUACAGCAUUGGGAUUUGUUUUAAUUUUUUAGUUUUGUUUUUCUUUUUGGGUAUUGGUGAAAUAGGUGGUCCAGUCAGUAAGAGGUGUUCAAUGCAAGAUGGCUAAAAAUCCAUGACAAGAGAGGCUCAUUGUACGUGAAAACACCUUUUUAUUGUAAAUAAUUUUUAUAUGAUUAAUGCAGUAUAAGAUUUAAUACUUUAUGCGUUUCAUAUUAAUUGCAAUAUUUGAUAAAAGAAUAUUAUUUAUUUAUUACUUUUAAUUUGUGAUUAAUUUUUAAGCUAUAAGUUAAAAUAUAAUCAAGUGAGAUCUUAUUUAAUUCGUCUCAUUGUAAAAAUUAUUAAUAUAGUGCGUUGAACCGUGUAAAAAAACAAAGAUUGUAAUUAAAUUGUAACGAAGGAAGUACAUAUUGCUUUUUCUAUGCAAUUAAUUUAGAACGGUGGAAGUA